CAAUAAAUGUACGUGAAGUGUAUAUGUGCGUUUUGAAAAAGAGAUACCUCGACCAUUUACGUGACAGGCAAGAUGAAUAAACCGGCACUAUAUUCAAAACAUGCAAGUCCUGCUAUUUUCGACUAUUACCAAAAUGUGAUGGAAAAUUAUUUUCCUCUUAUUCGACAUGGUACCAAUGGCACAAGUGACAAGUUUAUACUGGACAUCGGGUGCGGCCCGGGUGAAACUACACAUGACGUUAUUCUACCUUAUGUGGAUAAAGAGAUUAACACAAUUAUCGGUGUUGAUAUUUCUGCAUCAAUGAUAGAUUUUGCACAAAAAACUUAUGGAAACGAACGGAUUAGGUUUCAGGAGGUCGAUGUAGCUGGAUCUCUGCCCGAAGAGUUCGUAGAACGCUUCGAUUACAUAGUCUCCUUUAUGGCAUUCCAUUGGAUACCGGAUCAAAGAAAGUUAUAUUCCAAUAUCUUAAAAAUGUUAAAACCUAACGGAGGCUUUCUUUCCAUAUACGUAGCUAAGAGCAAAGUAGUUGAUAUAUAUGAAGAAAUUUCUAAGAAUGCAGAGUAUGUCCCUUACAUCUCCAAGGCCAAAUAUAAUCCUCCACCGUUUCAAAAGUCAAAUGAUCCUGAAAAAGAACUCCGUAGCAUAUUGAACGAAAUUGGAUUUGAAAAUAGUUACUGCAAAAUGGAAGAAGUUGGCUUACCUCAUAAGACUAGAGAAGACUCGGAAGGAUAUUUUGUUUCUCUAAGUCCGUAUCAUGACUACAUCCCAAAACAUAUGCAAAAGAAAUUUAUUAGUGACCAUGUGGAUCUACUUGAUACAGUGACGGGUGCGAAUGGCGAAAAGGAGUAUUACGUAUCUCACAACCUGUUUUUAACACAUGGUAGGAAAGCGAGUAGUUAAAAAGCGAUUCAAGGACUACCCUAAAACCAUUGCAGGGAGGUUUUUGAGAUACCAACAUGUUGAUGAAGCUGUGUAGCUAACAAAACGUUAAAACUUUUAUUACUUUUUAUAUUAUGUUUGCGAGAAUAAAUAUUGCACUGCAUACAACCCUUA